UCCUCCACAUGCACAAUGCAAGAAAUCACUGCUUCCUCCUCCACGGUGUGCAAAAUCUGUAGUCUCCGCUCCACCGUGCGAUUCUGUGUCGUCGUGGAGUGGACCACGUGGCUGCCCAUACAUCCACCUCUCAUCGUUGUCGAAGAAGAAGAAGAAGAUUUCUACUUUGAUGCCAUGGAAGAAGAAGAAGAAGAUUUCUUUGAUGAAAUGGAUGAAAACAGCCAUGUUGAUGGUGGUGUUGCCGACGAUGAUGCUCUUGAUGAGUAUGAGAUGCUCACUAAGGUAACUGAUACAUCAGCUGCACAAGCAAGGAAGGGAAAAGACAUUCAGGGUAUUCAGUGGGAUAGAUUGAACAUAUCAAGAGAUAGUUACAGAGUUACAAGGCUUGAACAGUAUAAGAAUUAUGAGAAUAUUCCUGCUUCUGGGGAUGCUGUAAAUGAGGUUUCUUUUUUUUUUUUAAUAUUUUUUGUUUUAUCAAACCCUUUUCCUUUGGGAUUAUGGGGGGCAGGGAAAGAUGUAGAAGUAAAUUUUGUUUCUUUGUCUCUCAGGAUUGUAAAAGGUCUGUGAAGGGUGAAAAAUAC